CUCGCAUUGUGAUUUCAACCGUUGCCGUGUUCGGACGUGUGCUUUGUCGUUUCGUUCUGCUUGCGUGUGUGAACCUUCUUGGGAGAAAAUAUCAAACCAAGAGGUCGCGUCCCAACCAGUGUGUCUCGGUUUCGUUCUCACAUACACUUGCAUACGUGUGUGGUGGAAAUGGAAGUUCGGUGCGAAGGAGUUUGUGUAUAAAGUUGUGUGAAGAUUCCAAAUAUUGUCGCGUUCGAAAUCGAUAAAAAUGGUGAAAGUACGCGAGACCCGAGAGUGACGAUAAGCGGAAAGAAAAGGUACGCGAUUUCCCCUGUCUCUUGUUGAAUGGGGAACUGAUAGUGGUGAACUGACGCGCACUGGCAAGAAUGAGAUGGAUAUAUGGCAGGCAAUUGAUAUACAGUUUUAAUGAGUUGGGUGCGAUGCAAUCGCAUCAUCAUCAAAGCAGCAGCAGCAGCAAUAACGUUUUCAUUGAGAAUAGAUGAACUCAGCUGCUUGCCCGAAGGGAGAGAGAGAUUGAGUGAGAAGGAGCGAGGGACUAAUAAACAUCGUGCACAGUGUACACGCGACAUCGACUAACAACCGCUCACAUCAUUGCGGUCUGUUACACAUUACAUUGUUGCCAUUGUUUACGCAAGUAUUGGGCGGCUGAAAGAGGCGAAACGAUCGCAGAAUUGAGUCACUCGCCGCUGAGCGGCGGCGAAUUUGAGUGAAUGCUCGGACCUUACUAACACCACCAGCGGGGUUUUUAUGUGUGUUGAGCGAAGGCAAAAAAGAGACACAGUCCCGCACACACUCGAGCUAGAUCGAGAUCUCGGACUUAACAUACUUUCUAAAUAUAAUUGACUCUCGACGUGGGAAUCGAACGGACGGAUUAUUUUUGCGUUCCGACGAAGCAAAUAAGAAGCUGAGUUUUUUAUUCGCUUCUCAAUAGCUGUGUGGCCCUCGAUCGCAGGGCUGUUUUGAAGUCAGAAACGUGUAAAAGUGAAGUGAGGCACGACGAGCGCACAGUAAUUUGCACACGGAUAUCCCGAAAGUUGACGAAAGUGGUGGAAGUGAAGAAUAUUGUGUGUGCUUCACUUCGAGGGAAGUUUUCCUUCGCAAAAGUGGGGAAAAAGAAAAUCCAAUUUUUCCUUUCCGCACCUGUGUCGGUGUGUGUGUGCGCGGUCGCGUUUAAGAGGAGCAAAAGUGCAUAAAUAUAUGCGGCUGAGAUCUCCGCACCUGGGAAUGUGUUGGUCUCCCGUUUCGUCGCGUGUUACAUGUGUGUGAGUGUGAUUUUUCGCAAAUGUCAAAUAUGACAACAGUGUUUUAGCUUGUUUUCUAUAUCCGCCAUUUUCUACCGUCGCCAUCGGAAAGGUGAAAAAUCGCUAGCUAGCAAGCGAAGUGUAGUGUGCUGCGGUGAAUAAUUUUGCCGACGGAGCGGAGCGUGCGUUACUUUCGGUGGCGUAAAUAAAUUACAAAAAAAAUCAUUGUGAAAAGUGAAUAAUACCAAAAGCCUCCGGUGUAAAGGAAAAGAAAUUUUGCUACCGAAGAAAAGAUCAGUAGCUCUCUGGGUGGAAAGGUGUAGCAAAGUAUAGCGAAAUAUAGGAGAAAAAAAGAGAGCAGUGUAUAUUCGGAUACAGAGGGCCAAGAAUUAGAGUAUCGCUGUGUGCGUGUGGUGGAAAGUCGUGAAUUUUUUUUUUGUUUCGGUGUGUGCCAUAGCACCGAAUGUUGUCUCGCACUGGGAGCCGAGCGCAGUGAUGUUACCCACACAAUAGUGCGCCACUUCUCUCUUACCAAAGCAGCAUUGUAGAAAUUGUAUUUAUCUAUCCUCUAGUGAAAAUGUUAAGAAUAACACAACCAUGACGCACCAGAAUCACCAAACUAACGGCGCAAGUUUGGAAGAUUGCCACACAAACUUUUUUGCCUUGACCGAUCUGUGCGGCAUAAAAUGGCGUAAGUUGGCCCAGGGUGAACGGCCGAAUGCGUCGAGCUACCCGCUGGAGGAUCCGGUGCUCCGUUCCUACUCCAAAUGUCUCGAGGUGGACAUCUUGUGUGUGUGGCGCCGCGUUGCCGCCCCCAAACCGGCCGAACAGGACCCGAACGUGUUCGAGAUGAGUAUCCCGGGCCCGGUUACGGGCGGUUCGGUCAUCCAUCCGCCCCUCUCGCUUACCGCCGCCAAAGAGCUGUGGAUCUUCUGGUACGGCGAGGAGCCGGACCUGACCGAUCUCGUCGAUUCGGAGCUGCUGCGGUCUUCCGAAGGCGACAAGGGCUCCUGGGAAGGCGGACUAUCGUACGAGUGCCGAUCCCUGCUGUUCAAGGCUUUGCAUAAUGUCAUAGAGCGAUGUUUGCUGUCGCGAGAUGUCGUUCGUUUGGGCAGGUGGUUUGUGCAGCCGAGUUCCAACAGCGAGCGAGUAUUUGGCAAGAGCUCGCUCCAUCUAUCGUUCUCGUUCGCAUUCUUCGUGCACGGUGACAGCACGGUGUGCGCCUCAAUGGACAUCCGGGAGCACCCGCCGGUGCGACCCCUUAUGAUCAAGCACCUCGAGGAAGCGCAGGCCCAGCAAGGCAACAACAGCAGCAGCAGCAGCAGUAGUGACGCAAAACAACGUUCGGUCAUUUUGGCCCCGUUUGGUCUCGCCGCUACGCUGACUGGUCAAAGUUACAAAGCCAGCGAUCCGCAAACGCAAAAAGUUCUCGACGAUUGGAGCGCGUUCUAUCCCAUUUCGAACAAGAACAUCAAUCUCUCGGAAAGCGCCGAUACGGUACCUCCCAUUGUGGAAAUAAUGACAGGUGGUAUCAAAAUGCGCUACCCUUCCAAAUAUGUGCUCGUAACGGACAUCGACGAUUGGUCGCCUCCAGCAACAAGCAGCGCCGGCGGCUCCGCUCAGUCAACUCCGAACUCUGCAAAACCCACAUCUCAACAGGCAGCAUCUUCCCUCACCGUGGCGGUAACGAACUCGCUGGCCGCCACCAACGCUCUCGGAGAUCUCAACUCAAUGCUAACAGCCGGCACCUGCACUACUAGCGGCAGCAACCGAAACAAUCCCGACCACCGGGAUAGUAAACCACUAAUGAACCCACCGCUCACGGUGCCGGAGUCUCCCUCCAACGAUCUCGGCAACCAGAACAGCAUGUCCUCGGCGGCGAUCAACAAUUCGGCCUCCGUUCUGAUACCGGAACGGGUCUGGCAGGAUUGUAUAAUGCAUGCGGCGGCGCCAGCAGUCGCGGCGCCCUCCCAACAGUCUCCCGUCUCUGGUGAGAGCGGGGGUGGUGGUGUCUCCAUCAAAUCGGAACCAAAGGAUCCCUCCUCGAAUGCUUCUUCGAAUGCGUCGUCGUUAUCCACUAACAGUGGAGGAUGCGGCGGCAAUAACAACGAGAACAAUGCGGGCAGCAAUACUGCUCUGGUGGACGCGAAUGCGAACUCCGUGUGGGAAAUUACCGACCCGGCGGUAAAGAUGCCCUGCUGUUGUAUCAAAUUAAACCAAAACUGUGGCGCAGCUGGCGGAAGCACGCCGUACGGAGGACCGCCUUCCUACUGUCGGAAUCCUCUCUCGAUAGGUGACUCCCAUCCGCUGCCAUCGGAGGGCUCUCCCGCGAGUGCGGCACCUUCACCGAUGCAACCUUCCUCAGUAUCUCAGCCGACGUCGGUUCCCUCGGGCGAUCAGCUCAUAACCAUGUCACCACAUCCACCCGCAUCGAAUAAUCCGCGCAGUGUGCAACCCGGCACGCCCUGCUUGGACCAUCUGGAUAAGAACACACCGGCGCCGACACCGACGGAUCAGCAUGACAGCAAAAGUAUAACCGCUUCACCGUACCACACGCCAUCGCACACGGGCGGGGUUAUGAGCGUGGAAGCACCCUCCUCGCAGCAGCCCCAACAACAGCAGACGACUCCACAGCAACAACAGCAGCAACAGCUCACUCAGCAACAACAAAUGCAGCAUCAACAACAACCAUCACAACAACAACAACAGCAACAGCAAUUGGUGGGAGCCAACUUGAGCAGCACGAGCAGUGACAGUAGCGGAGGAACCACCAACAGUAGUCCCGGCAAUAACAACCUGCCGCCCAGCCACGGAAUGAUGAUGGGAAUCAAGAUCAAAUCCGAGGGAGGGUUGGGGAUCACGGCGGAAGGGGGAAGUAUGCUGGGCUCAGGCCCUUGCAUAUACAGCAGUCUCAAUCCGGUAGCCGUUCAAAAUCAGAUCAGCAAGAAGGAAGCGAUGCUGCAGAUACUGCAGUCACUCAAGCGGCCUUCGUUGUCCUCGAGGGACUACGAGAGCAUGAUGACGGAGGACAGUCCGUGUACGUCGCAUCUGCUGUACGACUACUCGGCGAUAGACGCCUGGAUGAACCAUCCGGUGAAGAAGCAUAAACCAAAUGAAGAUUCCAAGCUGGCGCAACAAAUACGACAGUUGGAUCUGUACUCGGAUCAGAAGCAUUCGACGGACAAGUAUUUGCCGUCGGUGCAAAACGUGGCACCCGAUGGGACAGCGACGAGAUCAAUGGGACCAGGCGUUGGUGGGAUCAAGCAAGACCCUCAAGAUCCACUCGCCUUGCCAGAGGAUGUUAACUCUGGAUCGGGAGAGUCGAGGCUACUCAGUGAAAGUCAAAUAAAGACAGAGGUAGGAUGUGAGGCAAGAGAGGGGGACGGUCAAAUGCUUGGGGCCCAUGAAAUAAAGAAAGAGAAGGAGGACAAAGACGACAGCUUGUUCACGGAACAGGGUCUUCAACCGGCGCUCGACGAUUUGGAUCAGUUGUUCGAUGAUAGUAAUAACUAUCACGAUGACACGGACAUGCAUGCAAACACAAGUCCUGCGUCCACCAAGAGCGGCGGGGUCUGUAUGGAAACGAUCAAGAUGUUUCCUGGGUCGGGAAAUAUCGUGAACUCCGGAAUACUUAGUCCAAAGGAGCUGUCCCAAAUGUUUCCCACUCCACCAAGUUUGGAACAUCAUCCAAAUUCGAGUCCCGGUGGGGGAGGGUGCCUUUCCGAUGGGAUGGUGAUUGAUACCAUGGUAGAAACGACAGCGAUUCCAAUUCUUGGCAGUCCGCAGGAGGAACCAAUCGAUGAUUGGUCGUACGUGUUUCUUCCGCCUCCCAUUUGUAAGUAUGUGGGAUCUUCAAAGUAUGCUCCCUUGCAGCAACUUCCAAGCCAACUUAUACAGCCUCAAAUCACGCUUCCCCUUAACUGCGUUUACAAAUCGAGUUCGCAGCUACGGAAGGAGAAGCAGGAACGGGAGAAGCUCAUAAAGAUGCGAGAAGCUCAGGACCAACAAGAAGCCGCCCAACAGCAGCAGCAGCAGCAGCAACAAACUCAGUCGGAAAACAUUGCACCAAAUGUUGGAGCCGUCAGCACUAAGAUUAUAAAGCAGGAAACUCCAUUGACUGUGCCACAGCCUCUGAGCACACCCAAUUCGCUCAAUUUGAAUGGGCCUGGACAUCCCUACUCAAAUUCACCGUCCCAAGGUGGUCAAUCACAGCCCCUUUCAAGGCCACCUUCAGUCAACUCCUUACCGGGUGGAAUGAUGGGUUCCGGUGGAAACAUGAUGAGCCCAUCUCCCAUGAAUAAUGGGCUGAUGAAUAAUAGCAUGUUCCAUCCGGGCAUGGGCAUAAACGUCCCGUUGCGGCAGGGGAUGUCACCUAUAUCGCCGGCUACACCAGGCGGAGGUAGCGCUACCGGAGGCAACCCCAUGCGGGUUCCCACGCCGCAAACCUCCUGCCCUCUACCAUAUCCAUCACCCAUCGGUGCCAUCAACAACAUUGGCAGUCCGAAUCCGCUGAACCAAAUGAAUUUCCGAAGGACGCCAAUUCUUCCGCCGCCUCCGUACGAUGUUGCCAUUGCGUCCCCGGCUACCUCCACUACCUCAUCCUAUCACAACAAACAGUACGGAAUAGAGGAUGGCCCACAGACGCCCUCCGCCGGAGGCCCCGGUGGCGGGCCAACGCAGCGAAUACCGAUCGAAACGAACGCCCUGCUGGUCAAUGUUCUGCUGUAUGACACCUCGCUCAAUAUCUUCCGGGAUCACAACUUCAACAGCUGUACGCUGUGCGUGUGUAACGCUGGACCAAAAUGUGUGGGUAACAUCCGGGGAGCAGACUCCGGCCUUUAUUUGGCGCUUCCAGGAACCAGUUUCCUCAGCAGCGGGAAGAGCUGCGCAGCGAGUGGUAGCAGCAGUGAGCGGGAGGCAAAGUCAACACCGUCCUCCGUGUCGCAGUUCAACGGGAACAAUCACAACAACAACGGUGCCUUUGGUAUGAUGGACUCACCUGCGGCUGCGACGAAUAGUGGGGCUUCGGGUGGAGCCAACCUAGGGGUGGUAUCCAUCAACACGAACAACCUCCAGAAUGGGUACCUGGAUGAGGACCCGGUCAAAUGUACGUGCGGUUUCAGCGCUCUAGUGAACAGACGGUUAGCGCACCGAGCGGGUCUUUUCUACGAGGAUGAGCUGGAGAUCACCGGAAUGGCCGAGGAUCCAGCACUGCACAAGAAAAACUCGCUGCUCGGAUUCCUUCUCGGGAAAGGUGAUUAUAGUAGUGGUAUCAACUGUGAUAAUUCGCCCCUGCCACUCAGGAUCAUGGAUCUGCUGCGGGAGCAUUGUGCGGUCAUACAGAGUUCUAGCAACUCAAUACACAGAGCGGUCGCUCGGUUCCGAAGUGCAAUGACGGCCAAGAGUUUAACGAACGUGACCGUACACAUGCUGGAGUAUAGCGACGCAAACGACGUGAUCAGUCUGGCGCUGGAACAGAGUAGGUUGCAGGCUGUUACGGAAAACCGAUUGGAAUACUUACCACUAGUCAAAUCAGGUCUACUCCGAGGUGUGAUGAAUGUCCACAAGUGGCCAUACCUGCGAGCGGGAGGACCCCGAAGUAAUCAAGAUAUUAUCCGAAUCAUGAAAUCGAUGCAACCUCUGCUUCAGGAUGCAUUCCACAAAAAAUGCACCACCCGACUUUGGGAUGCUCCUUACACGAUACAGGGGCCCCUCACCUGGCGACAGUUCCAUCGGCUGGCCGGUCGAGGCACCGGUGGGCAGUGUGAACCUCAACCAGUUCCAUCGCUGGUCGUCGGCUACGAAAAGGACUGGCUCUCGCUGUCACCGUACUCGAUCCAGUACUGGGACAAACUACUUCUCGAACCGUACUCUUACCCCCGGGACAUCGCCUAUGUGGUCGUGCUUCCGGACAACGACUAUGUCGUCUCCAAGGUGAAAACCUACUUCAAAGAACUCAGUACAACGUACGAAAUGUGCAAACUCGGCCGACACAAUCCCAUCAAGGGAUGGGACGGCAUCCUGCGGGUGGGUUCCAAUCGAGUCCUCAAGGAGACUCAAAAUUCCAGCAUAGAUGAAUGGUUCACCAGUCUUGGCGACACCCGGCUCAGUGAGUUGCUCAGGCUGUACGCACAGACCUGCCAGCAGCAGCUGGCGCCGUAUCUAUCGAAAGUGCCCUCCGAUAAGAGCCUGCUGGACCCACCGGAGAACCACAAUGUGUCCGCAUCCUCCCAUGCGGCCGCUCUGGCUCUUGCGCAAGCAAGUUCAACACCCAACCGGGAAGCGCCCGGUCAAAGCCCGAUGCCACCGCCACCACCGAGCACCCCGGAUCCAAAUCAACCAGGUGACAAGGCACCCAGCACACCAAAGUCCGAGAAUGACACGGAGAAUCGUGACAGCCUGAACACAUCUGCCACGAGUACGGCCGAUAGGAUGCAGCACGAUGACGAUGGCAAAGAACCACCCCAUAUAGUGCUCUACAUGGUGGAACCAUUCACGUGUGGCACGGAUUCGCCUGAAAUCGAGAGGUUGGCGUGUCUGUCGCUGUUGCGGUGUUAUUCCAACAUUCUCAGUACGGUGCCGGAUUCGAUUCGUAGCAACAUCAGUGUGCAGCUCAUCUCUCUGGAGAACAUUCUAGAACUGGGACGCAGUCGCAAUCGAUUGCGGCUGAGCGACCAUAUGCGCUGCCAGGCGCUGAAUAUUUUCUCCCAAAGUCGGCGCUACAUGCAGCAUAUGAACAACGUGAAGAGCCUCACCGGCUUCGGGACGGCUGCCAACGCGGAACAGUUUAUGAAGAACAAGGAUGAGAAGAACCGGGCUCCGUACAAACUGUACACCCCUCCGUACGUGCUGGCCAAGUUGUGCGAGAAGAAAGAGAACUCAGAAUCGUUCGGACAAACGAGCAUCAAGCAGCAGUGUUCGAUCAUGUACUGCAGUUACUGCUUGAGCGAAGACCAGAGCUGGUUGCUGGCGGUGGCAACGGACGAUCGGGGGGAGUUCCUGGAAACCGUAACGAUAAAUAUUGACAUUCCCAACCGGAUACGAAGGAAACGGGCAUCCGCCCGAAGGCUGGGUCUCCAGAAGUUGAUGGAUUUCAUUUUGGGCCUAAUAUCGCAGACAGUUCACCCGUGGCGUAUCGUGAUUGGACGAAUCGGCCGCAUAGGACAUGGCGAGCUGAAGGGCUGGAGUUGGCUGCUCAGCAAACAGAAUCUCCAGAAGGCGUCGAAACACUUGAAGGAUCUGUGUGAGCAGUGCUCGCUGAUGCAUCCGGUGUCCGUGCCGAGCAUUUUGAGUGCUUGUUUGGUUACGCUGGAGCCGGAUUCGGAGCUGAGGGUGAUGCCGGAUCAGUUCACCCCGGAUGAGCGAUUCAGUCAGCUGUCGAUGCAGUCACCGCUGACUACUCCGCAGGACGUGACGUGUACCCAUAUUUUGGUGUUUCCUACCAGUGCGAGAACGCAAUCUGCUCAAUCACAAUUUGUGGCGGAACACAUCAACGACGAGUUGGAGCUAACGCUUGGAGACGGUAAUCUGGAUGAUUUGGGACUCGGCGAAGAUUGCGACGAGGAUGGUAUCAACGGCCUGGGAGAUCUGUUCGAUAAUUGGGAUGAUUUGCCGAUGCCGCAACAAAUGCAGCAGGAUUCAAGACAGGGAAGUCCAAUACAGUUCGAGGGUCAGCGGCAAAGCCCGGGCGACAGUGGAUCGAAUUGUGCUCAGAAUCUCAAUGGCUAUACCACACAGGAAGCGGAAGAUGUGGGUUCCUUGGCGCAGCAGCCGAUGGCCAUCGGGUACCUGGUGUCCACCGCGCCGACGGGUCGAAUGCCGGCGUGGUUCUGGUCUUCCUGCCCCCAUCUGGAGAACGUCUGCCCGGUGUUUCUGCGGAUAGCGUUGCACCUGAACAGCUUCCAGAUCCUGCAGAAUAACGACGAUCCCAUGACGCAGUCCCAGUCCACUACCGAGCAUCCGCUAGAUUCGAACAUGACUGCGGAUGUGCUGCGUUUCGUGCUCGAAGGAUACAACGUCCUUUCCUGGCUCGCGAUGGACUCCAACACGCACGACCGGCUGUCCUGUUUGCCCAUUCACGUGCAAGUACUGAUGCAGUUGUACCAUAUGACCGCUGCGUUGGCUUAAACGGCAGGCAAGGCAGGCGUGCGUCGUAUAUUCGGGAAGAUGGUUCCCGCUGUCUGUGAUAUUAGUUAAAGGAAAAGAAUAAAACAAACAAACACACACACACACGAACAAAAAUACGUCAAGGUUGAUGAGAGAUAGCAACAUUCGUUAAAAAAAAGUAGUGAGAGCGAAAAAAUGAUGGUUCAAAGUUUAUUGCAAAAUGUGACAUUGCAUGAGAAUCACAACAUACACACAGUUUUAUUUUAUCGGUCGACCAAGUUUGAUACCACUCAAAUACUUACAAUUUAUUGUGUUUUUAAAUCGGUAAUAAGAUGUAUUUACGAUAAAACAAAUGAUGAUCGAAAGUUUAUAGCAUAUAGGAAACAAUUCACAGGAUUAAGUGUAAAAGUAUUUUCCUUGGCGUCAGGCCAAGGGCAAACAACAUCAACAACAAAAAUCGAAUUCAUCCGAUAUUUUAGGAAACUAUGUUUGUGUAAUUAUUAGGUGGUCAAGACGGACGAGAUCUGGUUUUAAACCAUAAGUUGUUAAUUUAUAGUUAAUAUAAUAUGUUGGGUUGAGAUAGAACCAGCAGUGUUUAGCAGUCAAUAUUCCUCAAAAAAAAAAUUAAACCAGGAUUUUAAUGACGCCAAAAAAAAGAAACUGUUGAAAUUUAUCAAGUAGGGAAAUUUUCAAGUCACAACACACACACAUACACAUCUAGUUCAGUAACCGAGAUCGAGCAGCACUAAUCGGUUGAUAACAAAAAUAAUUGCGUUUUUCUCUGUUCAACAGAGAAAAAUAUCAAAGGUAGCAAAAAAGGAGAUUAGAGUCUAGCAAAAUAGGGAUCACUGCAAUUUUUGUGUGUUGGUAGAGAAACGCUUGUGUAAAUAUUAUACCAAGAAGUCAAUUUGCAGCAAAGUCAGCCAAUCUAUAUUAUGUAUCUAUUGUUUGCUAACGACAAAAGGUCCAACUCCAAUGCUGAAAGAUUCGAGGAGGACAUAUUAUCUGAUAUGUUUGGAUUAGGUUAGGUCUAAAUAGUGUAUAGGGACAAAUGAGUAGCUAAAGAAAAAUCAAGUAAUCUAUAUGUAGGAUUUAACGUGCGGCAGUUAUUCACUCGUGAAUAGCUUAAAUUGAUAUAUUUGUAUUUGGAUGAAUCUGAUGGAUGUCUUCACAUAGAGAAAGAGAAAAUAAUUCUCAUUUCCACAACAAAAUCAGAUCAAUGUAAAUAUAUUUUGGAUCGAAAGCAUUAUUUUAUAAAAAAAAAAGAGAAAAAAAAUCAUUGAGAAGAUUUUGUUUUGUCUCUCGAACCGAACCCAGCAGCAGCAAGACAGGGAGACCAAAUAUUCAUGCUCAUGUAGAUAUAACACAAUUAACUAUAACCAGGACUAACAAAAUGUUGAGCCCCCAUACUCAUCGUAUUGUUUCCAAGAGGCAUUCUAAAUAUAUUUGACCAGAUUACAAAGAAGCAAACCAGCCGCGAAGGUGGUGACAAAGUAUUCUAAUCAAAGAUAAUUGUGUGAAAGGUGAGUUAAUAAUUGAAUUAGUAGUGAGGGACAAAAGAGAAAACUUUAUUAGCGAGUAUUAAACAAGAGAGAUUUUUCUGCGAAAAGUGAAAAUAACAGGAAACCAUGAAAAUCAAACUAAAUUAGUGUAAAUGAAGCAACAGAAUCAUCAUAUUAUCGAUAAGCGAAGGGACAGGAAAGAAUCACAUAUUUACUUGUUGAUGGGCGUAAGUCUCUUGCCUGUGUUACCAAGCCAGAGUAAGAGAGGCAGGAAAUGAUGGGAUGAAGAGAGAGAGAGAGAGAGAGAUAGAGAUAAUUGGGUCUACUGUUAGAUGCGCUUCCUGAUCGUUUGUUAGUCUCAAUACCAACCGGAUGCCCUUUGGUAAUAGGCAACGUAGAUUCGACGGAGCACAUACUCCAAAGGAAGUCCAAGGCGAUAACAGCGUCUUUCAGGAUCACUGUUGAUCCUAAAACCCAACCUCUUCUCCGGCACACAUCACCAUUCAUGUUGAUUGUAUAGUUGAAAAAAAAUGGAUGGAAAGGCGUUGAUGAAUAGUAAUUAUAGUGUGUAAGUUUAGGCCAAAUUGUACAGAACCACAUAACAAACAAACACUGAGGAGAGGAGAAGAGAACUUUACAUAUAGCAAAAAAAACAACAGAAGAAACAAGAAUUAUUAAGGAACAACGCCGACGAAAAAGAGAGAAAUGUAGGAUAAGGCGCUCUUCUACAUCUAAAACCGAACACUUGAAUGAAGAAAUAAAGUAAUACACAAUGGACGAAUGAAUUAUUUAAUUGGUAUAUCUAUGGGUGUGCGUGAAAUGCGUGUGGUGUGAAUGUGCGCGUGAGUGUUCUGUGCGGUGGUGCGUGUGAAAAAGAAACAUACAAAUUGAAGAAAAAAAACACAAGAAUAUUAUUGAACAACAAAACUAUUAAGAUUAAUGAAAAUGUAAUUGAUAUAAAUAAAAUAUUAUACAUGAAUUAUGAUAAGAAUUAUUAAUACUUGUACAUGUUAAGGUUUCGUUUACAAAAACAAAUCAUGAAAAUAAAUGGAACAUUAUUGAAACGG